CCUCCCUCGGCUCUCAUUGACUUCCUGUGCUUCACUUCCGGUCCUUCAAGCUCACGUUUACUUCCGGCCCUUUUCCUUUAUUCUUCCGACAGAAAGUUCCGUGUCUGUCGGCACUUAGCAUUUUCAGUUCCCGCGAGGGGCGGCCUCGUAGCCGGUUGUGAAGCAAGGUGGGCCGGGGCCUCGCGGCCCCAGGGCGGCGGCCUCACCCUCGCCAUGGCUCGAAAUGCAGAAAAGGCCAUGACGGCCUUAGCCCGAUUUCGCCAAGCUCAAUUGGAAGAGGGAAAAGUGAAGGAAAGAAGACCCUUCCUUGCCUCAGAAUGUACAGAGCUGCCCAAAGCUGAGAAAUGGAGGCGACAGAUCAUUGGAGAGAUCUCCAAAAAAGUGGCUCAGAUUCAGAAUGCUGGUUUAGGUGAAUUCCGAAUUCGCGACCUGAAUGACGAGAUCAAUAAGCUGCUGAGGGAGAAGGGACACUGGGAGGUCCGCAUCAAGGAGUUGGGCGGACCUGAUUAUGGAAAAGUAGGCCCUAAAAUGCUGGAUCAUGAAGGGAAAGAAGUCCCAGGAAACCGAGGUUACAAGUACUUCGGAGCAGCAAAAGAUUUGCCUGGAGUUAGAGAGCUGUUUGAAAAAGAACCUCUUCCUCCUCCCAGAAAGACACGGGCCGAGCUCAUGAAGGCCAUUGACUUUGAAUACUACGGUUACCUGGAUGAAGACGACGGUGUCAUCGUGCCCCUGGAGCAAGAGUAUGAGAAGAAACUCAGAGCUGAGCUGGUGGAGAAAUGGAAGGCCGACAGAGAAGCCCGACUGGCCAGAGGGGAGAAGGAGGAGGAGGAAGAGGAGGAGGAGGAGGUCAACAUCUACGCCGUCACCGAGGAGGAGUCGGAUGAGGAAGGCAGCCAGGAGUGGACAGGCGAGGACGGGCAGCAGAAGUUCAUCGCACAUGUCCCAGUGCCAUCCCAACAGGAGGUAGGAUGGGGCUUUGGGCGGCACAGAGUGGGUGCUGUUGGGGUCCCUGGGUCACCAGAGCAGGCUCCACAGAGUACCCCAGGGGGGUCUGCGGGGUCCUUCCUCUCCAGGGCGCUCGCUGUCAUGCUCAUGGAAGGGCCUGGAACCCAGAGAUCCUGCAGCCUUAGCCUCAAACACAUUCUUUUAGUCGAAUGUUUCCAAUGGAAGCGAGAAGCCCCCCUUGAGUCCCCCGUCCUCUGUGGACGUCUCCCACAGGGACUCCCUGCUCGCUGGGUUCUGCCUCUGCGAGGCCCUGCUCCCUAGAUAAAGAGUGAGUCCUGCUGGCAGCACCCACCUGUCAUCCCAGCGCCUCUGGAGGCUGAGGCAGGAGGAUCGCAAAUUGGAGGCC